AUUUAUACUAUUUUUAUGUACAAUAUAAUAUUAAGGGGUUGCAAAGGGGUGGAACAUUUCCAGAAACUUUCCGAAAAUCCCUGGAAUGUUCCCAAAAUUUGCUGGAAAUUUUCCACAUUUUGCAACCCUAAUAAUAACACUAAUAAUAUCAUUUAUAAUAUAAUAGUCAUUAUAUAAUCAGUUAUGUAUUGUAUAUUUAUUGCUACAUGUAUGUAAUAUAAUUCACAUUCGAUUUAUUAAUAUGCAUGAAACUUUGAGCGAGGUUGUUUAGUGGAGAGUUGGUCCUGAAGGUUUGAUGUGGAAGCGAGUGUUUAAUGGAGUGAAGCAGGGCUUUGACCGCGGUGUUUACACAAGAGUAAACAAGCGUGCUCUCAUGAACGUCUCACACUGAUGUCACAGCUGGGAAACACACUGGUUCCUGCCCUGAAGCUCAAGUGUGGUCUGCAGACAUCAUGACACCAAACCCCUGCGUCCUGCUGCUGCUCACAACACUACCACAGCUGUGUCACGCUGAAGACGAGCUCGCGCCGGCGAUGAUGUCAGCGGAGCAGGAGAGCCAUGUCCCAGAAUCCCCUGAUGACCUGGGCGUGGCGCGCAAGCAGAUCCUCUCGGCUCAGUUUGAGUGUUACCUAAAGAUCAUGUUUGAUCCGCCGCACAGAGACCCGGGCCCGUACUGUAACCGCACCUGGGAUGGUUGGCUCUGUUGGGGAGACUCCGCCCCCGGAACCGCCCUCCAGCACUGCCCCGCCUACUUCCAGGACUUUGAUCCAACCGAGAAAGUGACCAAAGUGUGUGACUCGGACGGUCAGUGGUUUCAUCAUCCGGAGAGCAACCGUAUGUGGUCCAACUACACGCAGUGCUCAGCGUACACUAAACAGAAACUCGAGCUCAUGUUAGUGAAUUACUAUCUGGUGAUGGUGGGACACGGUCUGUCCAUCAUAUCGCUGUUCAUCUCCAUCUGCAUCUUCUCACACUUCAAGUGUUUGAGCUGCCAGCGAAUCACGCUUCAUAAAAACAUGUUCACCUCCUUCAUCCUGAACUCGUUCGCCACCAUCGCCUGGUUCUACUUCGUCACUAGAGACCAGAGACCCGAGACCAGGAUGGAUUCGUCUCAGAUCGGCUGUAAGCUGCUGGCUAGUAUCAUGCAGUACACGUCCUGCUCCAACUAUUUCUGGAUGCUGUGUGAGGGGAUCUAUCUGCACACGCUCAUCAUCGUGGCCGUGUUCGUGGGAGAGCAGCAUCUGGGCUGGUAUUACGUCCUCGGCUGGGGUUUCCCAGUGAUCCCUGCAGUCCUGUAUGCUGUAGCCCGUCUGCUCCUCCACGAUGACAGGUGUUGGGUCAUGAAUAUAAACCUGCUGUACAUCACACACAGCCCCAUACAAGUCGCUCUGCUGGUGAACCUGUUCUUCCUGCUGAACAUCGUGCGGGUGUUGAUCACCAAACUGCGGGUCACUCACUGCAUCGAGAGUAACGUCUACAUGAAGGCGGUGCGUGCCACCAUCAUCCUGGUUCCUCUGCUGGGCGCUCAGUUCAUCCUGGUGCCGCUGGAGCCCAGCGGACGCGUCUCUCGGGCCGUCUACGAGUUCUUCAUGAACAUCUUCGCCCAUUUCCAGGGUCUCCUGGUGGCUGUAAUCUUCUGCUUCUGCAAUGGAGAGGUGCAGUCGGCGCUGCGGCGUAAGUUUGCGCAGUAUCGCGGUCAGUGGAAGUGCCGGCGUCUGGUGACCAAUGACUCUCACUGUUACUACCACACAAACUCAUCCAUCACCGAGACCAGCCGCGUCACCAUCGGCCUCGAGCCCGGCCCCGCCAACGGCCAGAGAAACGGCAGCGUCUGCUCCAGCCACGGGCCCAAUAGCUGCGACGUGCUCGAGUGCACGGAAAUAUGAGCGUCUGUCUCAUCAUGCACACACAAUAUCACCAACACUACACAGCACUCCCAGCUAACACACAUGUUCUAAGAACGGUUUGCUAACAUUCAUAUUAAAGCUGCAGUCUGUACGUUUUGCCUCUUUGUCGCCAUCUCUGUUUGAAACCUGCAAUUGCAGUUAUUUACGCAAUUAUCUUCUUUACAUGGGUUGUGCUCCGGCACGGCUCCAGCGCGGAGGAAUCUAAUGAUUUGAGGUGAAUGUGUGGCAGUCAGUCAUCGGUGUGGAUUUUUAUAGUACUUUGUGAAUCACAGAUUCUAGUCUAUGUCUUGGAAUAUAUGAACCAAAUAAGCAUUUUCACUGUAUAUUGUCAUCUGAAGUAAGUAACAAGUCUGCCACUUUUGUUCUGACCAACCAGGAUCAAAAUAAAUUGCACUACAGUGGUGAUUAAAUCUAAUGCUCAUAUCACUUCAAACCAUGCAAAUUAUUAUUAUUGCUAUACUUUGUUCUCAAAUUGUUCAUGUUAACAUCAGCAUUGCAUGACUAAGUGUAUUAGCGUUCCAUGUAGAUUUCAAUUUCUGUACAGUCUAAUCUCUAAUUGCAUACAAUUCGAAUUUCAUAUUAAGAAAUUCUUUUAACCCCAAAAGCUAAUUAUUCUUCCUUAGAACCGGUUCUCUUUGAAAUACAAAUCUUGUGUAAUCCCAGGCUAUCUGUAAUCAGAUGCACAUUUAAUGUAAUGACACAGCGGCAUGCUCAAAUUUUCCGCAAAUUGAAUUUGAAAACAUUAGCUAACCGUUGUGAAUGGGGCUAAGGUACAGAGAUAGUUUAAACACUGGCUGGUUAUGUACUUAUGUACUGUCAUUUUUAACCAAAAAUAAAAAAUAAAAUUACGGACUGCAGCUUUAAGUUUCAAAAACGUUAUUUCUGAAUGUUCUCCAAACG